UUUCGCCAUUCUUCCAGGACUUCCACCAUAAGGAAAGGAGCCCCUGGACCAACAUCCUCUAAGAUGUUUAUAUGGACCAGUGGCCGGACCUCUUCAUCUUACAGACAUGAUGAGAAAAGAAACAUUUACCAAAAAAUCAGGGACCAUGACCUCCUGGACAAAAGGAAAACUGUCACAGCACUGAAAGCAGGAGAGGACCGGGCCAUUCUCCUGGGACUGGCCAUGAUGGUGUGCUCCAUCAUGAUGUACUUUCUGCUGGGAAUCACACUCCUGCGCUCAUACAUGCAGAGUGUGUGGACCGAGGAGGCUCAGUGCACCUUGCUGAAUGCAUCCAUCACGGAAACAUUUAACUGCUCCUUCAGCUGUGGUCCGGACUGCUGGAAACUCUCUCAGUACCCCUGUCUCCAGGUGUACGUUAACCUGACUUCUUCUGGAGAGAAGCUUCUUCUCUACCACACGGAAGAGACAAUGAAAAUCAAUCAUGAGUGCUCCUAUAUACCUAAGUGUGGAAAAAAUUUUGAAGAAUCCAUGUCCCUGGUGAAUGUUGUCAUGGAAAACUUCAGGAAGUACCAACACUUCUCCUGCUAUUCUGACCCGGAAGGAAACCAGAAGAGUGUCAUCCUAACAAAACUCUACAGUUCCAACGUGCUGUUCCAUUCACUCUUUUGGCCAACGUGUAUGAUGGCUGGGGGCGUGGCUAUCGUUGCCAUGGUGAAACUCACACAGUACCUCUCCCUGCUCUGUGAGAAGAUUCAACAGAUCAAUAGAUAA